UGACUCAUAAUACAUAGUUAUUGACAACAAAUAUGGUUUACAUUUAGAUAUUUUGAGGACAAUUGAAAAACAUUUGUAUUAUAUUCCCGUUUUUGGCCACAAUUUACUAAAUUAAAGUCAAGUAUCACCAAAUUGAUCCGUUUAUCAACCAAUUAGUGUAUGUGAUGGCAUCCAAGAGAGUGAUAUCACAAGUUGGCAAACAAGUGAAGCCAAUACUCAGUCUGGAUAAGGAUGACGCCCGACAACGUGUACUAAACCUGUAUAAGGCAUGGUAUAGACAGGUGCCGUAUAUUAAACUGGAUUUAGAGCUACCGGUCACUGAAAGACAACUUCGGGACAAAGUUCGGGAAAUGUUUAUCAAUAACAAAGACGUUACUGAUAUUCGUGUCAUCGAUAUGUUGGUAAUCAAAGGUCAGAUGGAGUUGAAUGAGACAAUCAAUCGAUUCAAACAACACACUCAUGUUAUGGCAUAUUUCAAGGAUACCCACAAUCCUAAGCCCAAGGAUUUCAUGUCCAAGUUCUUGGCCGGACAUAACUCGGAGUGAAUUUUUUCUCUGCAAAUCAUUUGUCGUUUCAUUCAAAUAAUAUAAAUAUAUUUUUAGAAAUUUAAAGCAAUUUUGUUGUUUCUAAUAGUUUUUAGUCAAUUUAGUAGUUAAUGUGUUAAUAAUAAUAUUUUGUCGAUCAAUUGG